AUGUCACGUCCACCACAAUCUGUGAAUGACGAUGUCAUGUCUCUCCUCGACUCUCUAACCGGAGAACUACCUCCUUCGGCUGCAUCAACAAACAAUGGCAACACGGCCGUCCCAACUGAAGAUGUCCUAGCCUUUCUCGACGAACUCACCCAAACCAGUACUAGUCAGCCUAUGAAAUCGUCAUAUAAUAGCUACUCGUCUCAACCACCUCCACCAUCAUCGCAAGGUAGCAGACCACCUACAGUGUCAAAUGUAGGAUCAACACUACCUGGACCACCUAUGAUAUCAAAUGUAGGUCUAGGAUCAUCAACCCCUGCAUCUUUUCCAGCUGUAUCAAUAGGAUCAUCACUAGCAGCACCACCUCCGGCAACAAAGGUACAAGCAUCUAGCGCUCCCAUUCCAUUUGGAGGUGGACCACUGCGUGACACCUCGACUAGAUCUCCCCAACCGCAACAACAGCAACUACAGCCACCUCCAGCAACCAGUAUGAAAUCAAGUCUAGUUCCUGCUACUGUAACUGCGGCUUCCACAAACGAGGACGGGCUGUCUACUCCUUUGGCAGCUCCAACAUUCUCGACUACACGAUCUAAACAUUACCCCGUACAUCCUACGCUACAAGCAGCACAACCGAGUGGUAAUGUCAAUCAUCCAUUAAAUAAUAUUAAUAUUCAAAGACCAGAUGAGAGAAUCAUACCACAACAACAACAGCCACCUCAACAGCAGCAAUCAAAUUGGACUUGGGACUCGUUCGUAAACACAGCUCGAGCGCAAGCAGCCUCCGUAUCAGCAUCCGUAUCAACAAUCUCUGCCCAAACAUUCGACAAGGUAGCCCAGGUAGCUGAAACAUCCAUAAAAACAAUAUCUGCAAACGACACUGUCAAACAACUCAACACGGGAGUCGCAUCACUCAAUUUAUCUAGACUGGCAAGCACCGUGUCGAAUACGCUAGCUCCUAGUACUCAUAGCAACGAGCAUGGAAACGGGACUGGGGAUUUAGCGCUUUUCCCAACAGUCAUGUUGUGGUUUUGUGCCAAGACUGCUGAUCAUGAUAUUGAUCAGCUGCAUGAGUAUAUACAGGGUACUGUUAAUGAGCUGUGGUUGAGUCGUGCUCCUGGUGUUGCUAGAGUUUGUAAUAAGGUGGUUGUCAAUAGUGUCAAGGAUAAGGAUCCCAGGAUGGCGAAUAGUUUGGAACUGGCUAUUACUUGGACACAGGAAACACUCGUCCGUCUAAAAAAGCUCGCUGAAACACACACAUCUCAAACACCAGCAACAACAGCACAACCACCACAUCAUCUCUUUCUAAUCAUACAACCAUUCACAAUCCAGGUUGGCACCAAAAGACAUUUACAGCAUUAUAUAGUAAUCAUGGAUGAAGACGAAUUAAUCAAUCUCGUAUCUCAGUCAGUGUCUGAUGAAGGGCAUGACAAGAGCUUGGAGAAAUGGGCAUCAGUGCAACGUGGUAGAGUUGUGGAAGGGAGUGUCGCUGAUUUGUGUGAGGAGUAUGCGGUUAGAUGUUUGGGUGAUAGUGUCGGUGCUGCUAGUGUCCCUGUGAAUAUGGGGUUAAGUAGCAUCGCUACUGGUUCUCCAAAUGCUGGUGGUGGUAGCCCAAACAUGAAAAUGCAACAACUUUGA